CAAGAGGCCAGAGUCCGAUACACCACAUCGCACCACACGCUGCUCUGCAUCUGGCUGGCUGACGGACGCACGAAAGCUCCCGUCCUGCUUGUUGACCACACCACACCGCAUCUCAAUAUCGGAGACGGCGAUCGCGCAAAUCGACUUUUUUUUUCAACCCUCACCUUCCGAUGGCGUUUCGAGGAAAGAUGUUCCAGUCGGGGCUACUCCGACUUCAGUCCGUGGCUGUUUCUCCUGCCAAGCAACUGUUCGGAUCUGUGACACGGAUCCCCACCGUCACGCCCAUGCCGCUACGAAGCUACUCGAUCACAGCCGCCGCCCAUAACACUGCUCAGCAAACGGCCCGCACCACAACUGCCGCACCGCAGCCGACAGACCUGCCCGAUUCUGGCUCGGCCGACAGUUUCUCCAAGCCCGCGAUCCGGCCCCGCGCCCCUCUGCUCAAGAGGGUGUUGUGCGUUCGCCAGGUCUCGCGCACAACUCGCAACGGCAAGGUUCGUCAGAGCUAUGCCAUGGUCGUUGUCGGCGACCAGAACGGCAGCGCGGGCUAUGGCGAGGGCCGAGCCCAGGAUAUCUCGUCUGCUGUCCGCAAAGCCACCCUGCUGGCGGAGAAGAACAUGAUCCGCAUCGAGCGCUUCCACAACCGCACGCUCUUCCAGGAUAUCAACUACAAGUUCAAGCGGGUCAAUCUCAACAUGUACACUGCCGCGCCAGGCUACGGCAUCGUGGCCCAUGACACCCUCCACGAGGUCUUCCGAUGCUUUGGAAUUCACGAUGUUGCUUCCAAGAUCCAAGGCUCUACCAACCAAAUGAAUAUCGUCAAGGGUGCCUUCGAGGCUCUGGCCGCGCAAAGAACACCCGACGACAUUGCCUUGGCCCGGGGCAAGCGUGUGGCGGACGUCACGAUGACCUACUAUGGCCUGACCAACACCAGCUCGCCGUCAGCCCGUCGUUAACGGAAUAAAGUGCAAUCAAGAGACA